AUUACAAGCAUCUCUCUCCCAUUAUUUAUUCCGUAGAUUACUGAAUUUUCCUACUUUACCAUUUAAAGACUCUAAGCUUUGUUCCCUCAGACUCGAUAGUCUGGGAAAUACAUUUACACACAUAUACACUUAACACUGUUAACUUUCCUUUAUUUCGUUGUUACUAUAUUAUAAAUAGAUACUAAUAAAGAGAGUGAUUUUAACAUCAAAACCAGACUCCAGUGUGAACUCUAUUGCUGCUGGUUCGUUUCUAAAACGUUACAGCUCGUAACACAGUUUUAUAAAACUAGUUAGACCACAUCUGGAGUGUUUCAUACAGUUCUGGUCGCCCCCAUUCUCGAAAGGAUGUCGGGGCUUUGGACAGGGCACAGAAGAGGUUUACCAGGACACUGCCUGGAUUAGAGGGCAUGAGCUAUAACGAGAGGCUGGACAAACUUGUGUUGUUUUCUCCAGAGCGGCGCAGGCUGGGGUGAGACUGGAUGGACGUUUAUAAGAUUACGAGAGGAAUAGAUAGAGUGGACAGACGAUAUAUUUUUCCUGGGGGUUGAAAUGUCUAAUACAUUUAAGGUGAGAGGAGAUGUGAGCGGCAAGUUUGCUUCUUUCCACUGACUAAUGAGUAGCUGGAGUCUCUGCCUUGGGGGGAGGGGGGAGGUGUCACCAAUCCUGACGAGUAAUCCCAUUUGCCCCUCCCAUUUAACCGCAGCAUCUGCGCUGGCCCCGCCUCCCGAUGAUGUAACAAUCUCUCCGCGCAUGUUCACAGUCUCCGGGUGGACGGUGUUAUCCUCUCCGCUCAGAGCUGAAGUGGGUCGGCCGUGUGUUCGGGAAAGACUUUCGACUCUUCCUUCGAGAUCUCUCUCUGCGGGCCGAAGAUAUCACUUCCCCAUCGUUAAAACUGCGGUGAGAGAUUUAUUGGAAGAAAACGCAUGACUGAAGACGAGGGAACAGCAACAAGUGAACCAGCCUGAGGAUUGAGAGCACUGACUGGAGAGGACCCACAUGACUCGGAGAUUCCAGUGAUUCAGUCAGGAGAAAGUUUGGUUAAAAACGGGAAGGAAUUUGUCUCCAGGAAUCUCAAACACGGUACAACAGUUUUUUUGUCUCUGUCCAGAUAUUUAAGAAGUGGAGCAAGGGAUUCAAUCAACCAUCCUUCCUGCUCAGACUGUGGGGAGGGAUUCACUUGGUCAUUUCAACUGAAGGUACAUCAGCAAGUUCACACUGGGCAAGGCCAUUCAUCUGUUCUGUGUGUGAGAAAGGAUUCUGUCGGGCAUCCCACCUGUGGACACACCGGUCAGAUGACACUGGGCAGAGCUGGUCAUCUGCUGAAUUUCGGGGAAGGGAUUCUCUCGGUCAUCUGACCUAAUGGCACACCAGCGUGUUCACACCAGGGGGCAAGCAUUCACCUGCACAGUCUGUGGGAAGGGAUUCACUGCGUCAUCCAACCUACAGAGACAUCAGCGAGUUCACACUGGGGAGAAGCCAUUCACCUGCUCAGUCUGUGGGAAGGGAUUCACUCAGUCAUCCCACCUACAGAGUCAUCAGCGAGUUCACACUGGGGAGAAGCCGUUCAUUUGCUCAGUCUGUGGGAAGGGAUUCACUCAGUCAUCCCAACUACAGAGUCAUCAGCGAGUUCACACUGGGGAGAAGCCAUUCACCUGCUCAGUCUGUGGGAAGGGAUUCUCUCAGUCAUCCAACCUACAGAAUCAUCAGCGAGUUCACACUGGGGAGAAGCCGUUCACCUGUUCAGAAUGUGGGAUAGGAUUCACUCAGUCAUCCCAACUACUGGCACAUCAGUCAGUUCAUAAUGGGGAGUGGCCAUUCACCUGCUCAGUCUGUGGGAAGGGAUUCACUCAGUCAUCCCACCUACAGAGUCAUCAGCGAGUUCACACUAGAGAGAAGCCAUUCACCUGCUCAGUCUGUGGGAAGGGAUUCACUCAGUCAUCCCAACUACAGAAUCAUCAGCGACAUCACACUGAGGAGUGGCUGUUCACCUGCUCAGAAUGUGGGAAAAGAUUCACUCAGUCAUCCACCCUACUGAGUCAUCAGCGUGUUCACACUGGGGAGAAGCCGUUCAUCUGCUCGGAAUGUGGGAAAAGAUUCACUCACUCAUCCACCCUACAGAGACACCAGCGAGUUCACACUGGGGAGAGGCCAUUCACCUGCUCAGUCUGUGGGAAGGGAUUCACUCGGUCAUCCAUCCUACAGAGUCAUCAGCGAGUUCACACUGGGGAGAAGCCGUUCACCUGCUCAGUCUGUGGGAAGGGAUUCACUCAUUUAUCCAGCCUACAGAGUCAUCAGCGAGUUCACACUGGGGAGAGGCCAUUCACCUGCUCAGACUGUGGGAAGAGUUUCACUCGGUCAUCCCAACUACUGGCACACCAGUCAGUUCAUACUGGGGAGAAGCCGUUCACCUGCUCAGUCUGUGGGAAGGGAUUCACUCGGUCAUCCCACCUACAGAAUCAUCGGCGAGUUCACACUGGGGAGAAGCCAUUCAUCUGCUCAGAAUGUGGGAAGGGAUUCACUCGGUCAUCCACCCUACUGAGUCACCAGCGAGUUCACACUGGGGAGAGGCCGUUCUCCUGCACAGUAUGUGGGAAGGGAUUCACUCGGUCAUCCACCCUGCAGAGACACCAGCGAGUUCACACUGGGGAGAGGCCAUUCACCUGCUCAGACUGUGGGAAGAGUUUCACUCGGUCAUCCCAACUACUGGCACACCAGUCAGUUCAUACUGGGGAGAAGCCGUUCACCUGCUCAGUCUGUGGGAAGGGAUUCACUCAGUCAUCCAGCUUACAGAGUCAUCAGCGAUUUCACACUGGGGAGAGGCCAUUCACCUGCUCAGACUGUGGGGUAGGAUUCACUCGGUCAUCACAACUACUGGCACACCAGUCCGUUCACAGUGGGGACUGGCCGUUGUUAUGAAUCCCUGGGUUUUGUUUGAUGUGGACUGUCAUUUUAAGAGAGAGAGACAGGGAUUAGGAUGCCGACUCAGUCUCACUUGCUGCUUGUUUUCAUUGCUCGCAGCUUGUUUAGUUUUAACCGAGGACACAGACACUCAGAGACAGACAGAGACAAAGGAGGAAAAAUGGAAGGAUCGAAACCAGGGAACUAGUGGCCAAGGGUCACUGUUUGAAACUUUCCUAUGCCCACAAGGACGGGUUAAUUAUCGAUUCACCGUACAUCGAAUGUGUGGUUGUCAUCUCAUUUGAUCCUUAAGAGUGGAUCGGAUUUGGCGCAUCCUGUGGAGACCACUUAUGUGUUAACCCUUGCCUGGCUGUGGUGUGGUAGUUCACGAAGACAAUACCCCUUGUGACAAGUCACUUUCGAUGAUAAUUUGUAUGUGGAUUUGGAACAAUGACGGAUAAAAUCUCCAGCAACUGUUCUCUCGUUUUACCACCGUGGAACCUGUGCAAUUCUACAUAUUUGACUUCUCUCGCCAUUUACCCUGGAUCAUAACUCACUCUCUCUCAUCGCCUAUUCUGUAGUUGAACUGAACUUUCAUACUUUACCAUCUCAAGACUGGAAGCCUUGUUUCCCCUGAGCUCAAUAGUUUGGGAGUUACAUUUACACACAUUUAUAAACUUAACACUGUUAACUUCUGUUUAUCUUGUUGAAGUUGCAAUUUUACAAGUAGAUUCUAAUAAAGACAGAUUUAACA